CCGUCGGUAGCGUAGACUUUUAAAAAAAACAAUUUUUCGUCUUUCGAACGGCGUUUUCCUAUCUCUUUCCUUAUUAAAUUUCAGAACGACACUUGCCAGCGCUCGCCGGAAGUGAGAAUUCCGUGUGACACAAAACAAUCAGCAAUUUGACGGAAGAUUCACAUCUGUAUCUACCUCAUCUGUGAUAAGGGCAAAGAUUAGAUACUAUAAACAAAGAUUAGAUACUAUAAAGAUGUGUCACUCUGCGAAAAUUAUGUCCGAGAUUUUUUUAUAGCCGCCAUUUUGCCAGUAAGUGUCAAAUUCAACGCCAUCAGCACAGAAUAGGAAGUUAUACCAGAAGCGUAACUCUAGUCGUUUCCCUUAUUGUUUGACGUCCACGAAAAUUUUAACUCGCUCACGUCAGGCCACGCCAUCCUGGCUAGUACAGCCGGAAGUUUUUAUCAGGAUUUGGUAGGUACAAAGUGCCGGUUGUUCUAGCCAGGAUGGCGUGAUUGAUGACGUGAUUGAUGACGAAUCGCUUGUAAAAACGCGGACAAAUAUUUGCUCGAGUUACGCUUCUGGUAUAACUUUCUAUUCUGUGAUAAUAUGUGACUUGUUUAAUUCACACGCUCUUUUUGUAUACAAGAGUGUCGUGAUCUGUUGGCUCGCGUCAUUUGAAAUUUAAUUAAACGGCACAUCAACACGUCAUUGCAAAACGUAGUGAAGUGAUUCCAAUUAACGCGCGCGCAUCCAAGACAAGAGAAAUCAAUUUUGCACAUUAAAGAGAGCACGCCACGUACUAUCUAGUGGCUUUCCCCCCUGAUCUAUAGUAUUGUGCUUCUCAAUUUCAAUUGACUCUCUCAUUUUGCGAGAGAACUUAUGACUAUCAAUCGCCAAAAUAUGGUUGCUUCGUCCCAUUUUAUACGAUGGUCGUAAGUCCAAGUAUGUUUAGCCACAGCAGAUUUAUCUUGCUCGGCUUUCUCGCAAUUCGUCUUGUGUUCCUUAAGACGUACUGAGAGAUUUCGACCAGUUUCACCAAUGUAAACCAGACCACAUUCACAAGGAAUGCGUUACACACCAGGUUUCUGAGAUUCAUUUACGUUGUCCUUAUGUGUGCAAAGAGCUCGAAACAAUUUGUUUUCGCUAGAAUGGUAUAACUUUAUACCUGCUUCAUUCCUCAAAAUUCUUUCGAUUUGGUGUGAAGCCGGGCCAAUGUAUGGUAGACAAACAGACGACUGAUACUCAAUCUUCUGCUGUAUACUUUGUGGCGUUUUUAUAGCAUUAUCUAUGAAAUGCCGUGGGUAACCAUUUGUUUUUAAUUCAUUGUCAACGUUACUUACCUCACAAAUUGUUUUCGCUCGGUUGAUGAGUGUCUUACACACAGAGUUUUUGAUACUAGGAUGAUGAAAUGAAUUAUAAUGCAGAUACCUGUCUGUAUGUGUUGGUUUCCUAUAAACCUUAUGUCCUAGCGACCCAUCAUCAUGUAUAGUGAAAAGAACAUCUAAGAAUGGUAUAGUUUUAUCAUCCUUCUGUACUUCAAAAGUAAACUUGAUCGAUGGAUGCAAACUAUUAAUGUGGUCUAGAAACUUUUGUAAAUUACCUAGUCCAUGAGACCAGCUACUCAAUGUAUCAUGGCCUUCUUUUCAAAGGCCUUCUUUUCAAAUUCCUACAUGAACAAAUUAGCCAUAACAGGCGACAAUGGACUUCCCAUUGUAGCGCCGUUUGUUUGUUCAUAGAAUUUCUCCCGCCAUUGAAAACAUGUCGUGGUCAAACUUAGUUUCAACAAAUCAUGAACAUUCUCAGGAGAAAGAUUAGUUCUUUGAGUUAAUGUAAUACCUGAAAGAAGUCUUUCUUUCGCGAUAUUACAAGCCUCUUCAACUGCAACAUUAGUGAACAAGCUAACUACGUCAAAACUUACCAUAAUGUCAUUCUUACCCAAUCUAAUUUGUUUUGAGCCAAUCUAAUCUAUUUUGAGGAAUGAAGCAGGUAUAAAGGUAUACCAUUCCAGCGAAAACAAAUUGUUUCGAGCUCUUUGCGCACAUAAGGACAACGUAAAUGAAUCUCAGAAACUUGGUGUGUACCGCAUUCCUUGUGAAUGUGGUCUGGUUUACAUUGGUGAAACUGGUCGAAAUCUCUCAGUACGUCUUAUUAAGGAACACAAGACGAAUUGCGAGAAAGCCGAGCAAGAUAAAUCUGCUGUGGCUAAACAUACUUGGACUUACGACCAUCGUAUAAAAUGGGACGAAGCAACCAUUUUGGCGAUUGAUAGUCAUAAGUUAUCUCGCAAAAUGAGAGAGUCAAUUGAAAUCGAGAAGCACAAUUCUAUAGAUCAGGAGGGAAUGCCACUAGUGAGUACAUAUCCAGCAGGCGUUUAGUAAAGGGCGUCGUUUGAGGAACCGCCUGCCCAAAUAGCUAUGACAAAUUAGUUUUCGCCCAUUAAGGAUGAUUGACGUUUUGUAAUUAGCACCGUCACCCAUUAUCCAAUCAUAGUCGAGAUUUAUAUUUAGCAUCAUGCAUGCCGUUAGCUUGGCAACUAGGGAGAUUUACAGAGAUUUUAUGUACUAUAUAAAACAUGAGCAGCAGUGUCUUAUCCGAAAUAAAGAUGGUCUGAUAAAACACGCACUGCGAAUGUCUUAAUUCUAGUAAGUUCAUUGGAGAAGUAACUUUCAAAAAAUUCGUUGUGUAUGUCCAGGGAAAUCUCUAUCGCAUAUAAAGAUACGACCUAUGGAUACGACACGUUUAUGAUUUUUCUUUGCGUUUUCCUCAUGAAUUAUUAAUGACUUUUUGAAGCUAUUUUAGACAACAGUCACAACACAGAGCUUUUAUCCUUUAAAAGGCUUCUGAACCACUAACAGUUGAGCGUGUUUUGAAAUGUUAAUAUUCUUUAUAAAAUCAUUGUCCAAGCGGUCCAACUUCAUAGCUGCAAUGCCAAGUAAUGUAGCCUCAACAAAUAUCAAGACAACUAUAAGAAAUAUUCGAUCCCUGCUCGUGCUGACAUCAGAUGAUCAGAGCUAUUAAAAUAGCAUGUAUAGCAAGCUUAAAUAAUUUGCCGAUAUAUUUAAUAAAUGUAUAUUUGAAACUCAAACUUCUCCGUAUCCAGUAGGAAGAAUUGCGAUAACCGGCGUCUUCACCACGUAGCAAAUUAAUAAUAGACAUUCUCUGUUCUGGUUUCAACUGAAUUUCGAAGCAUAAAUACUUGAAAUAUAAGAAAGAGUUCGAGAAAGAAAAAGAAAAAUCGAGCACUCUCAAAAAUGCGCCCCCCCCCCCCUGCCAUGAAAAAUCAAAUGGUCUGUCCCUAAUUUCGGUUCAAUAUAUUAAUAUAUAUGAACUUCAAAAUUUCCAACGUUUCUCAAAACAACUUUUUUUGCAUGAAAUAUUGAUCAUUUUAGCGCAGUUUUCUUGAAAUUUGAGUGUUUUCAAUGCAAGGAAGGUGUAAUAAUAUAAAUGUAUACGUGUAGAACAGAUAUGGUAUUACGAAUGUAGGCCUAUAGACUGGUGUUUGUAUCAGGCGUCUAGUGCGGGCGGGAGAAGAAAGGGCGUCGUUAAGUAAACGCCUGCCCAAAUGCCUAUGACAAAUUUGUUCUUCUCCGAAGAAUCUUCGGAAAAGCUUCCCAUUGGUUAAUCUCGUUAACGGAAGUAAUUACGUAAUUCAAAUGUCAACAACAAUUCUGUUCGCAUAAAAAAUAUGCCUGUUAAAGUGCAUAUGACAUGAAAUUUCUUAUUUUCUUAAAUGAAAGAACUCUUUAAGUUGUAGACUUGUAGUGUAACUUAUUUUUCAGUUUCUUGUUUUUAUGGUCUGUUCCCGAGAUAUUUCAAUUUGUUUGAUAUGUAAAUGAGUAUGAAUAUGUCCGCUAAUUUAUGACGUCAUGUUGGUUGCAAGCUCUUCAAAAUGUAAAGUUUGUUCGUUCACUGCAACCAGGUAUAUCAAUCAUGUUUCGCUCGCUACUCUGGUUUAAAUAACAUUGAUAUCAAAGAACUAGAUUCUGUUCUGAAAUAUCACAUACUCGAACCGACCUAACCGCGUAGCUCAGUUGGCAGAGCAUUGGGCUAGUAUUCCAAAGCUCGUAGGUUUGAUUUCCACCGUGGUCAGGCAUAUUUUUCAAGCUUGCCCGGUGUGGAUAUACACUCAGAGUAACAUCACAAGCAUCAUACUCACCUGAGUACAUUACACCAACACAGAAAAAUCAUGCUUGCACUAAGUCCCUGAAAAUCAAACCUGCUGAUCUUCUCGGACUGGUCAAAUCGAUCUCUGCAACCAUGCUGUUUUGCAACAUAUUUUCCCCACCAAAUACUGGGGCAGGAUAUUUUUUCCCCCAGUUUGUUAGUGCAGGCAUUUUAUUUUUUUAGAAUAGCCUUGCAGGAAAUUUUUUUCAAACCCCCCCCCCCUCAAAAGUAAAAUGGUCGGCCCCUUAUUACGUCAAAUUUGACCAAUCAACGUGUAGGAUUUGUUAUGUUCACUUGUGUAAAAAUACUAAGGGACGGACCAUUAGAAAAGUGUUGGGAUUUUGUAAGAGGCAAUAUAUUUUUUUUGUACACAUAUAGAAGAAAUAUAUAUUUUUUCUCACUGAUGGCUGGAAAUAUAUUUAUUUAAGUGAAUUUAAUAGGCCUAUCCUCCAAGCUAGGAAAUUUUUUUGCACAUGCCUGGGAAGAUUUUUUUUCCUAAUUUUUUUCUGGGAGUAAUGUUUUUUUUUGUCCCAUCACUUUUCUAAUGGUCCGUCCCUAAUAUGUGAGAUUACCUGGAGUAAAUCUUAUGAUUGAAGUACAAAUUAACGUCACAAGUUUUAUGUUUCUGCGUUCUAUAAUUAAUUCUUUCUAGUCUGGAGUCCGAUAACUCCGUGUCUCAUGACAUGUCAUAGGCUCAGAUUCCAGCCGUUGUGUUCUCGCCACUCGCCCACUUAACACAACGGCUGGAAUCUGAGCCUAGACAUGUCACUGACUCAAAAACCGUUUAUAUUAUAUAAAAUAAACAUGAUAAUAUACAAAUACAAUAACUACAAUAAAUAAUAUUAUCACACAUACUGUGCUUUUAUCAGUGCCUUGAUGAUGAAGGACUUUUAGUUCAGUAAUAAUAAAUAUUAGCAUUUAUGAAAAAUGCGGGCAAAUAAGAAAAAUGCGUGCCGAAACGGUUAGAUGGAAAACACGGAGUCGGAGUUCCGGAGUCGGAGCGCCCAGGGCGUAGUAAAACACGGGCGGUGAAACGCGCUAAUAUUUGCCUGAUCCAUGUGUGAUGCACGGGAGACUGGCGCGAGCGUGCGAAAUGCGCGGAUGAAGCGGGAUUUUGAAAAAAUAUGCAAAUUCUAACAUUAAUGAUGCGGAACGUUCAUUUAAAAACAUUCAAAAUCAAUCGAAUGCUACUAAUCAUAAUUUAGACAAUGAUAGGCCUAUGGCGAUUAACAUCGAGUCGGAGGAUCCAAACGAUAAUAGUAAUGAUAAUAGGUCCGAAAUAACAUUUGCUGCGGUGGUAAAACAAAAAGCUAAUCAUUCCAUAGAGUCAAACAAAAAAAGAUCAGGUUCAGAAAAUAAUGGAAAUUCACUAGAACAUGGGUUGACUAACCAAAAUCAAUCGGAAGUGAAUAACAGUCAACAGAUAGACCUCGAGGAUAGUAACAACUCUGAAUUUGUUGGUGUAGCAAGAAGAGUGGUAAAGAGAUUGUAUCUCGGUGGAGCUCGGGAGGGCGCGACAACGGAGUUAGUUACUGAAUAUAUGGAGCGUAAAGGUAUCUCUCCAACUGUUAUAAGGAUUUUCAAAAGUAAAAGAAAAGGUACUGUGGCCAUUCGCGUUAAUGUUAAUAGUAGGGAUUACGAACGGGUUUUGCAAAAUGAUUUUUGGCCGGAGAAUGUGUACGCACGACCAUGGGUAUCACAGGCCAAAUGGCAGGACAAAAAUAAGGAAACUUAGGAUUUUAGACAGUUUUAUCAAGAGCUUCAAUUACAUUACGUUAUGAAUGAAAAAAUCCGGAAGGGCAUAGACCUUGCUGUUUUCUAUACAAAUGCUAGAAGUAUAGUUAACAAAGUAAACAAGCUGGACUUGGAAAUAGCUAAUGGUUCUUACGAUAUUAUUGUUUUAACCGAGACGCACCUGGACAGUAGCAUCGGUGAUGCAGAGAUAUUUCCUGAUAAUUAUACGGUGUUUAGGCGUGACAGAAAUAUAAAUGGACGUCAUGGUGGUGGGGUCCUAAUUGCGGUAUUAAACUCGAUCAAUGUUUAUCCCAGAGAUGAUCUUUACUGUAGCUCAGAGCUGAUGUUUGUUGAGAUUGUAUUUUCGAAUAAUCGGAGAACUACGUUAGGAGUUUUCUAUAGGCCACCAGAUUCAAACACCGAACCACUAAUUGAUCUUAGAACUAAUCUGGACAAACUGUCUACGUCUGACCUUGUGCUUUUAGGGGAUUUUAACCUGCCUGAUUUCUCAUGGUCGAACAAUACUGCUUUAAGUAACUCUGAAAAUUAUUCAAUAUUAAUGGAUAUCAUAAUAUUCAGGACAAUUUUCUAACUCAGUUGGUUAUUGAACCCACGAGGGAACAUAAUAUACUUGAUCUUGUUCUAUCAACUUCAUCUGAUAGCAUAAAAAACCUAUCAGUCGGUGAAAAGUUUUCAGACCAUAAUUUGAUUACGUUUCUAUUAACUGGACAACCAUAUGUCCAGCUUAAAUCCAAAAAAUAUGUUUAUUGUUACAAAAAAGCUGAUUGGUUACAACUGAAAUUAACGUUGUCUCAAAUUCCAUGGAACUUAGCAUUUCUUGAAGAGAAUAUUGAUGAGAAUUGGAAUUCAUGGAAAGAUCUGUUUUUUGCAGCAGUAGAUGAAUGCAUCCCGAAAACAAAAGGGAAAAAAAGACAAAAUGCGCCGUGGAUUAAUAAAGAGCUAAUAUCUCUAUGUAGGAAGAAGAAGCUACUUUAUAAAAAAAGCAAAACGAAGCCAAAAUGAAAGUACCUGGAUUCGUUAUCGUCGAAUGAAUAACAAUUUGAAAAGGAAGUGCAAUGAAGCUCGGUGGAGGUAUAUAACCGAUUUAGCUCAAGAUUUGACAGACAACGACAAUCCCAAACCAUUUUGGAACUUUGUGAAAUCUAAGUGUAAAGGAACAAAUAAAUUGAUAUCCCUGAAAGUUGGAGAAUCUGUUUUCACUGACGACCAAGGUAUUGCAGAUAGCAUGAACUCGUAUUUUUCUUCUGUUUUUACAGUUGAAAAUUAUGAUAAUAUCCCAGUGCUUGACUAUAUUGUGGACGACAGAUUAGAGAACAUCCGUUGUUCUGUUGACGAAGUAGGAAAGCUUCUUCUAAAUCUUAAGGUAGAGAAGUCCCCGGGACCUGACAAUAUCCCUGCACGUAUUCUAAAGGUAUGUGCAACAGAGCUGGCACCUUCAAUCUCACUUUUGCUAAAUAAGUCAUUCUCGAUGGGCAUACUACCUAUAGAGUGGAAAGCUGCCAACAUUACACCGAUUUUUAAAAAAGGUUCGAAGAAUAGUAGAGAAAACUAUCGUCAGAUAUCUCUUACAGGGAUUAUAUGCAAAAUAGGGGAGAAAGUUGUUCGAAGUAGAGUUCUCGAAUUCUGGUAUAGAAUCAAUAUUUUGAGUGAGAAUCAGUUUGCCUAUUUGAAAGGCAAGUCAACCGUAACACAACUAUUUUCAACUGUUGAUGAUUGGGUGAGAUCUAGGAACUCUGGCGUACCCACUGAUGUUAUAUUUCUUGACCUCGCAAAGGCGUUCGAUAGUGUGCCGCACGAAAGAUUGAUUUUGAAGUUAAGAAGUUAUGGUAUCGAAGGGAGUUUAUUGACAUGGUUUAGGCAUUUCAUUACAGGCAGGAAGCAACGUGUUGUAAUUACAGGGACUUUUUCGGAAUGGUCACCAGUGUCUUCAGGCACUCCCCAAAGUACAAUACUUGGACCAAUUUUGUUUUUAAUAUACAUUAAUGAUAUAACGGACUGUAUUUUAUCUAAAGCCAAACUGUAUGCCGAUGACACUAAAAUUUAUAGAGAAAUAAAAGAUCCUGUCUUGGACACGCAUAUUUUGCAAAACGACUUAAACAGUCUCGACGAAUGGGCACACACAUGGCAAUUAAAAUUUAACGUGGAAAAGUGCGAAACUAUGCGGUUAACCCACUCCAAUGAUAUGCUAAAAUCAAGUUAUACUUUAGGAACAUCAAUCUUGAGAGAUACAGAAAGCUUUAAAGAUCUUGGAGUCACUGUUUCGCGUGACCUAACAUGGAGUAAACAUGUUUGUAUCACAGUUGGAUUAUUCAGGGUAAAUAAACUUCCCGGUUAGAUCGCGAGACACGGAACCGUAUAAAUCAAUGAAUAUUGAUAGGUUUUUAUUCGAUCUAGUAAGUAAUUAUAAGGAAUAACAAUUGUAAGUAUAGAAUAACAAAUAGUGCCUGAUAUAUACCUGUGCGCUCUCUUCGAGUUAUAUACCGCAUAAUUUCAAUAAAUGAGACUUACUUCUUUGCCAGGUCUUCGCAAUCUAGUCUUACUGAUACUGAAUAUACAAAUACACAUACAAAUACAGGUUAGCUUCAACACAGGUUAGCAUAUCUCCUUCGUUUAACACUAUAAGUCUCUGUCUCUAUCUAUCUGAAUAUAAAUGUGCGUCAAAUUACGUGUCAAUCAGGUUAAUCUCAUUAGUCCUGCAUUACUAUAAUUAGUUAAUAAUUAUCCCGUAAAUAUAUAAAGUUUUGUCAGCGACACAUCCUCCGCCCCCAUAAGGACUAUGUUCUUAUCAAUUCUUUUCUUCUGCGUCUUCUGCCGGUUGAAUCACUGCGAUCUUGGUCACGGGCCUCGAGUACUCUCCUGACGCCGUUUUUACCUUGAUGUUUCUAACCUUACCGUCUUGUCCUGGAUACACUUCAACUACGCGUCCGACAUUCCACUUUCCUCGCACUGCAUUUCCGUCCGCUACGAUUACUACAUCAUCAACCUGUACAUUUCGUCUCUCUGUGUUCCAUUUUCUUCUUGGCACCAGUAACGGGAAUACGUCCCUUGUCCAUCGUCUCCAGAAUGACUCAACGAUUUUUUGGAUAAACUCGACUCUUUUUCUUGGAUUUUUCGUUUCCUGAAACGGGCCUUGUGGUACUUGUGGAGAUGCUCUGCCCAAUAGCAUAUCAUUCGGACACAGAUAGGAACCAUCGUCUGGAUCAUUUGGUGGUCGUCCGAUUGGUCUUUGGUUGACAAGGUUUGCCACCUCUAGCAAGCAAGUAUACAGUUCGAAAGGAGUCAGUACGUGCUCACCAACUGCUUUCUUUAGGGCUAAUUUGCAGCUUUUCACUAAUGCCUCUGCACAUCCGUUCUGAUGUGGUGCCGCCGGGGUUAUAAACUUCCACUGUACUCCUCGUUCUGCACAGUAGUCCUUCAGUACCUUCUUGUCAACUCCUUGGAUCAUUUGGCGAAGGUCGGUUAAUGCACCCACAAACUGAGUACCAUUGUCGCUCAAAAUCUCGGCUGGAUAUCCACGUAUGGCAAAGAACCUUCGCAGUGUCUGGAUAAACUCCAUCGCAGAGCAAUCAGUGGCAACCUCCAGAUGAACAGCUCUGGUAUUUAGGCACGUGAAAAUCACCCCGUAAUGUUUCGUUGUCUUGUUCCGUCCUACUUUGACUGUUAUUGGUCCAAAGUAGUCACAUGACGUGUAGUGGAAUGGAGGGGAAUGGGGCGUCAGUCGGCAAUUUGGGAGGUUUGCCAUUAUCUGCGUUUCGAUUUUUGGAUUCGCUCCUCGACAUGUUACACACUUUGACUUUAUGAUCUUGGCUAGGUCAUGUACCCGCACGAUCCAGUACAUUCUUCGGAUCUUUGCUGCUGUGGUUGCAACGCCAGUGUGACCUUGUUGAUGAACUUCUUCUGUAAUCAAUCUUGAAAUGCGGUGACCAUAGGGUAGGAGAGCUGGAUGCCGUGUUUCGUACGAGACUAACGCAUUAUCGAUUCUUCCACCAACACGGAUUAUACCUUCUUUAUCUUCGAAUGGGCUUAGCGUCUUCAGUUCAUUGGCUUUCAUUCUAACUUGAAGACCCUUUUGGGCUUCUUUUAUCCAAAAGAUUCGACUCUUUUCAAGCUCUUCCGGUGUCAACGAUUCUUCUCCUACUGCAAUGUCGUUGGAUGGCUUUAUCUUAGCAAGUAAGUUCUUUUUCAUCCUUAGUACCCACGCUGUAACUCUAACGAGUCUUCCCCAACGAGAGAACCUUUCGCAAUCGAUCACGCCCGUCUUAGCUGUUUCUUUUGAUGUCACAGUUCCUAUUGCUUGUGUCUUCUUGCAUUCUCUUUCGACUUCGUUCUGGUCAACGUUCGCGCUCUCUAUUAGCCAUUCUUCUUUCGGUAGGUGCAGGAUUUAUAUUCAGCAACCGAUAAACCUCGUGAUACAUCGUCUGCAACAUUAUGCUCGGUAGGGAUGUGUCUCCAUUGGACAGGUUGGACGUUGGUCUGUAUUUCCCCGACACGACUUGAAACAAAUGGUUUGAGCCUUUUUCCUUUACUACGGAUCCACGCUAAGGUAAUCGUACUGUCGGUGAACAAUAUACUUUCUUGAAGCGGGAUGCGAAUUUCUUUCUCUAUGGUUUUGCACAACCUGCUGGCUAACACCGCUGCCUGAAGUUCUAGCCGCGGAAUAGUCAGUUCCUUCAAUGGGGCUACUCGUGAUUUAGCUGCAACGAAUCUAACAUGAACUGAUCCAGUGGUGUCUUCGCUUCUGAGAUACGCACAUACCCCAAAGGCUCCGCUCGAAGCGUCAGCAAAAACGCACAAGGUUGGUGGUUCACGGGUGACGAUUGGACAUAUGCAUCUUUCUAACGAUAUGUUGUUCAGCUGCUCCAUUUCUUCCAUGUAUGAUAGCCACUUUCUUUGAGCAUUCGGUGACAGUUCAUCAUCCCAGUCAAGUCCCUCCUGCCAUAACUCUUACAAAUCAAUCUUUGCUGUUACCAGAUACGGUGCUGCGAAGCCUAUCGGGUCAUAAGUAGUAAUAUAGGUACCGUUCGACCCUUAUUUUUGGGGCGGCGCGGGGCGGCGUGGGGCGGCGUGGGGCGGCGCAUCAUCAUUGACAUACGUCAUAAUUAUAUGCAAUGACGUCACGCGGGCAGGUUUAAACAAAAUCAGGCGAAACUUGCUGACUAUGCAUUUUUUAGCGUCCACCACGUUUAUGAUACAAUUGAGGGAUUAAUGUUGGCUUACUAUGAUUGGUUAUUUGAUUUAACGAGCGUCUGUAUAAAAUCGACAAGCGUCUUGUAACAAGCAUAGUUUUGCAUUUGACAACGCUCUUAUUCUCGGAGGUCUUUUGGGUAGCUGAUUUUGUUAAAUAUUUCUUUGGAGAGAAGUACUUGAGAAAGAAUGGCCCAGCAACAUCGAGAGAAUAUUUGGUAAGUUUAAUUUAAACUGAAAGUUUUGUGUAUGUAAUCGACUUCUAUAUUUUGUAGGAGAGAUCAAUUUAUGAGCGAACUGGAAAAUGACGAUGUCAAUCGCCAGCUUUGCGCCGUUGCUGCGGAUGAAAUGUUCGAGUCCUGGUCGUCGGAGACGCAGGAGCAGAUUUUGGCUGAAUGGAAUGAUUGGCGACGAGACGAAAACCCUGGACAUAGCUGUGAUGAAUGUGGCAAAAUAUUUACACGAUCCAGCGACCUAAAGCGCCAUACAAAACGUGUACACACUGGGGAAAGAGCUUUUUCUUGCAACCAUUGUGACAAAUCCUUCGCUAGGAAAGAUAUGUUGAAACGUCACGAGAAAGUCCAUAGCAAGGAAAAAGUAUACGAAUGCCAUAGAUGCCACAAGAAAUUUGCUCGAAAGGUAUGUAGUACCGACAGUUUAUAUUCUAGCUGCGAUGUAUUUUAAACUAUUAUGUUUAUUUAUUAUUUUUCAAGGACAAACUGAAUAGGCAUAUGAAAAUGCACGAACGAAGAGGCGCCGAAAGGGAGUAUAAUUGUAAUGAUUGUGGUGAGGUGUUUCGAAACAUAUUUCCAUUCCAAGCCCAUCAGCGUAAUAUCCAUCAGACUGGUGGUGGGAAACGUACGAAGACGCCGACCGCGGGAACAAAAAGGCAAAGAACUGCUGAACCGGGUAUGUAUAAAUGAAAAUAUUUUGAUUACUAUCUUUGUAUUUAUACAGAUAUUUUUCUCGUUUAAGAACCACCAGCAUCUUCGACACGCGUUAACGAAGGUAAGAGAGUGUAUAUGCUGUGUAAUAAUUUGAGUUAAAAUCACACUAAUACAUUUUUUCUCCUUUUCAGGAGCUUCCACUUCUACAGUCGUCAACGAAGGUAUGAAAUUCAAAUUUUUAUACCGUAUAUAGUAUAUUGAUUGUGGUGAUUUGCUGUGUAUAUUGAUAAUGUUAAUUACUCGGUUUUAAAACAUUGCCUGAAAUCCUAACGUUUACAUUUGAAAAAUAUUUUAAUGCUGUUUUCAUGUUGUUUCACUAAUGUUUGUGUUUUGAAAACCUGAUAAACAUAAUCGAGUAAUUUUUAAGCGUGGGUUUAUAGUGUGGAAUGUUCCUAAUUAUUCAUGACAGACUUAUGUUCAUUUGAUUUAGAACUAUUAAUUUAUGUCAUUGUACGAGUAUUUAUCAUUUAGUAACAUUCGCUAGCGUUUUAUAGUGAGGUAAAAGUAGUUUUUGUUGCGUGGGUUUAUCAUUUUGCUAUGUGAAAUUGCAUGUUCCUAAUUUAUUCAUGUUAGACUUAUUUCGAUUUUUUAUGAAUCGGGUGUUUGUAUGACAAAUUAGUGCGGAGCUCUAGACAAAAAUAAAGAAUCGGGUGUUAUUUCUAUAGGACCCCAACCAUUCCCUCAAGAUCCCCUAUUACCCCCAUCUAACCUUCCUUCCCAACUCCACCGAGAUCAUUGGCGUGCUAUCCGUACGCGACAAAGCCGAGGCAAUCGAGUGCAAGAUUGGUACAACUAUCGUCUAAGCUCAGCGAAUAUGGGUCAACUUGUCAACGAUAUAGACCGUAUAUUUGAAGAUCAAACCACGGUCUUUAAGUUAAAUCUAUCUUUUGGUUUCGUAUUAUUUAAUAACGAGACGCAACAAAUGCAAUACCACCACCCCUCAGCAAAUAACAACCGUGUCUUCGACUCCCCAUUCCAAAUACAUAACCGCGAGGAUUUAGACCAAGUGCGUACAGCGUUGGAAAAUAUGGAUGUUUUUGAAUGGGCCAAACAACAACGACCUAAUUCCAAAUGGGUGGUGAUGGAUAUUACCAACGUUACCUUCUACGUUACCAAAUUACGCGAUCAUCCUAUCGGUCGUGGUGUCCGGCUACCCAAAUACAUACAGGAGAGCCGUGCCAUUGUGUCGCUCGACUGUAAUGAGCAAACGGGACUACCAUACGAGAAUAAACU